CUAAUCUCACACACACGCACCUCGCACCGUCCUUCAAUCACCGUAUCCUUCUGCAUGUGUCUGGAAAACCUGCCGAUUACUGUGGAAAGAGUCAUGUCGCACUUCCUUCGGUUAGGACUUGCAAAGUUCACCGUCGCAUGGGGCACGAAGCACCAUAGCAAAAUCUCAUGCCUAAUGAGUUUGCAUGGCACAACGGCGCUCGCAUCAAACCGGUGCAUUGCUACCACGUUUCCCGUCAGGAGAAAAGAAACUUUUGACGUAACCUUUGUCCGGGAAAGCGGCGAAAAAGUCAGCGCAGUAGGGAAAGUAGGCGACAGUCUCUUGGAUGUCAUUAUCAACAACCACCUUGAUUUCGAUGGUUUCGGUGCUUGUGAAGGAACACUGGCCUGCUCCACGUGCCACUUGAUAUUCAAACCUGAGGACUUCGAGAGGCUCAAGGAGAACCCUUCAGAUGAGGAGCUAGACAUGCUGGACCUUGCCUAUGGAUUGUGUGAAACGUCUAGACUUGGCUGCCAAGUGUACCUGACCAAAGAACUGAGUGGUAUGGAAAUCAAAGUGCCUGCUGGUGUCAACGAUGCAAGGGGAACAGACACAUGAUAGUGCACCGCUACUAGAGACUACUGUUAGUUGGCGACUUGUUAGUUACUGGUAGAAAUACACUAUUUUUGCAGCA